CCCCCGCCGGCACAGCCCCGCGGGCUGCGGGCGUCAUGGCCGAGGCGGCGCCGCCACCAUGACCGCGGACCCGUCGGCGCAGCUCCCCGACAGCCUCCGCACGGACCAUGUUCCAUGCCUUUUUUAGAUCUACCUUACCAGUUCUGCCACUGCUCCUUGUUCUGUCUCCAGUGAAUGCAUCUACUUGUGCAAUGGGAAAUAAAACAGCAGAAAUCCGUGUGAAGUAUGAGAAUGUACUAAGUCACGACAUCAAUGAGCUGGUAAAUAUGUCUGCAGAGAAUCGUGACAGGUGCUGCAAGAAUAAAAAAUAUGAAAAUAUCAAAGUGUUUUUCUGCAAUGAUACUGAGGAAAUAGAAUCACUACAGAGCAUGGCAUGCAACAUGCUCAGAUUCUUUAAUAAGCAGAGAAUCAGCAAAGCCUUUAGACAGAAAGCAGCAUUUGUCUCAUGUGGGACACUACAAGUUCUACAGUGUAAGUGUGAAAGACCUAAAAAAGAAAAGGUUUGCCCACAUGUAUUUAGUUUAGAAGAUACAGAGACAGGUGAACAGUCCAGAAAGAAAUGUAACCAAGAAGUUUGCGAACUAAAAGAAAAUAUAUCUAGCCUUCGAUCCUGCUGGAAUAAAUUUGAAAAAAUAAUUUCCAGGUGAAUCCUGCUCUUUUCUUUCGAAGUGGCAUUACUUGGUAUCUUUGCAUUUUAUAUGCAUUCUUCAAGUCAAUUUGCUCGCUUAUAUGAACACUUUAUGCCAGAAUUCUGAUGGAAGGCUACUGUACCUUGUUCCUGGAGGUAACAGAAACAGAAACGGCUGAACCAAGCUGCUGAAGUCCAAGAAGUGGAAAUAGAAGACCAGCAUUUGAAACAAUGUGGAGUGGAAAGAAGACCAGCAUUUGAAACAAAGAACUCUGCACAGACCUCUGCAGAGGUCUGUGUCCAACCUUUGUGCUCUGGAAACUACUCUGGAUUUUCUGAUUUUUCAAGUAACUUUAUAAUACUGUCAUAUGAAAGCAGCCACUUACAUGUCUACUGGAAUUUAUAAAAAAACCAUCUUGGAAUCUGCAGGUGAAGAAAAAGAGUAUGAAAAAGUAGCUGGUUUCUUUAUAUCUAUGCAAAACACACCAAGGACCAAAAGUAACAAUUUACCAAAGCAGCAGAUUAUCUUGGAUAUGUUCUCCUGACACAGAAGUGUUUGAUGGGUCUGCUAACUGAUUUGGGUUUGGAAAAACAGGGAAAAAGUUAGCUUUUUGAAAAAUUUAGGAAGGGAACUGAUUUUUGAGAGAUGCAGCUUCUGCUGGCUGAAGCACAGGCAAGACAGAAUCCUGUAGAAGAAGAAAAAGAUGCCUGAAUGUAAGUUGCUCAGUUGACUGGAAACAGCACUACACUCAUUCAUUUGAUCAACCCAGAGUUAGCUGCAGGAGGAGCUAGAAUUCCUUAGCUUCAGAUUGUGAUUUCUCAUAUGCAAUUAUUUUAUGUAACAUGUUUUAAGAUGUUAGGCAAACGUGACUUAAAAUAUGUGAAUAUUGUCAGAGAAUAAUAUAUUGGCAUUUAACUAAUAAAGUGCUCAUAUUUUAUUUUGAAUAAAUAGAAGUAUUUUUAUAGUUACUACUCUUUUGCAGUUUCUUACUUUGAUAUAACUCCUUUGGUAAUAAAAUAUUUGUCUUCUAUGAAAUUGGGCUGUUCACUUUUUGACUACCAUUACUCCUUUUUUAGUUUUUUUUUCAGAGAUAGUUAGUCAUUCGAAGCCCAGCUGGGGAAUUCCCAUCUUAAAAUACCCAUUUCUUAGCUGCUUGUAACCUGCCCAAUUUAGGUAAACAUUUCCAUACCACCCAUCUGCCUUGAACUGAAUACUUCAGGAAAGCUUUAGUUAAUUCAGCCUGUUGUUUCCUGGUUUGAAGUAAACUAACAUAAAUUGUUUUAUCUGUGCUAAAAGAAUUUUUCUGUAAAACUCCUCUGUAAAAAUUUUGGUAUUCAGAACAAACACCUGAAAAAGCAGUAGGAUGUGCUUCAAAGAACUGUUUUCUCAGUUGAUUGUAAAGAACAUUAGUUUUAUGUAUUUGAGUGGAAUAAGAUUGCUGUACUAAAUCUGAGAGGGAAGAGGUUAAGAGCAAAGCAUGCUAUGCUUUCCCUCUCCAAACCCCUGUGUAUUUUUGAUGACAAUAAGGCAGGAGUGGUAACUUUGUAAACUGUGACUGAGACUUUCACAUAUUCUCUUUAGCUCUUCAUAGAAGAGAUUGCAACUUUAACUCCAAACACCUUAAAAAACUGAAACCAACCCCAACCCAUAAAUCUUUAAUGGAGCAGGGAAAGGAAACGGAAACAUUUCCCAGUAUCAUACUGCAGAUAAAGAGAACGUAACCACAAUUGUAAGGACUUCGCUGGAAAUCCUUUCUUCUGAAAGAGGACCCAGGAGACUGUGGAUUCAGUUGGUCUCUGAGACUGAAGAACAGUUGUUUUGAUAUUUUUUGGAAAUUCAAGAACAGUUGAAAGCCAACACUUAUUUCCUAAUAACCACUUGGCAAGCAAAGGGCAGUGUGAGUUAAAGCAAAAAUACACAGAUGCAGUAUUAGCUACUACAAAGUUGAAAGGUCGGUCAGUUUAAGUUACUUAAUCAUCAGUCCACAACUUAAGUCUUGAGAGAAAUAAAUCAGUUCCAGGACUACCCUGGGCCAAAGACCAAGGGUAGAUCCAGAGCAGAAAUUUAAAUGAAGU